AAGCGCGACUCGGAGGCCGAGGACCCAGAUGCCGCGCCGCUUGAUCCGGCCAUUGAAGAGAUGUACCAAUCUUGGGCGCUCCUUAUCAUCAUUCUGCUCCUCAUUGGGGCCCUCUGCACGUCGUACUUCCUUCAGGCUCGCAAGAUUCGAGCAGUGCAUGAGACUGUCAUCUCCAUCUUUGGCGGCAUGAUUGUGGGCCUUGCCGUGCGGCUGACUCCCGGGCAAAGUAUCCAGAAGCUCGUGUCAUUCAAGUACACUUACUUCUUCAACGUGCUCCUUCCGCCAAUUAUUCUCAAUUCUGGGUAUGAGCUGCACCAGGCAAACUUCUUCAGAAACUUUGGCACUAUCCUGACCUUUGCAUUCGCUGGCACAUUCAUCUCAGCCGUUGUAAUCGGCAUCCUCGUCUAUCUUUGGACAGCAAUCGGUCUCGAAUCUGUGGAAAUCACAUUUGUCGAUGCUCUCGCUGUAGGUGCGACUUUAAGCGCGACAGAUCCGGUGACAGUGCUCAGUAUCUUCACCAGCUACAAAGUUGACCCGAAGCUAUACACCAUUGUGUUUGGCGAAUCUCUUCUGAAUGACGCCAUCUCCAUUGUCAUGUUUGAGACACUGUCAAAGUUGCGAGGGCAAGCAAUUCACAUCACGACGGUCUUCCGUGGUUUUGGCAUGUUUCUUGUCUCCUUCUUCGUUUCGCUCGUCAUCGGCAUCGUCGUGGGACUUGGGACCGCGUUGCUUCUAAAGCACACACAUCUCCGCAGAUUUCCACAGAUCGAAGGCUGCCUCAUUCUGCUUCUUGCCUACAGCUCCUAUUUCUUCUCCAAUGGCUGUCAUAUGUCAGGCAUCGUGUCACUCCUUUUUUGUGGCAUCACACUCAAACACUACGCCUACUUCAACAUGUCUCGGCGCACGCAGCUUUCAACCAAGUAUCUCUUCCAGCUUCUCGCUCAGCUUGCAGAGAACUUUAUCUUCAUCUACCUUGGGAUGUCACUCUUCACAGAGAUUGACCUCGUCUACAAGCCAAUGCUGAUUUUGAUCACAACCGUUGCAGUAUGUUGUGCACGGUAUGCUGCCGUCUUCCCACUUUCCUCCCUUAUCAAUGCCAUCUUGCGCAGACGAGCCAUGGGCCGUAUUCCCUCUGCCGAAGGAGAAUUGUCUAAUGCCUAUCAAGUUAUGCUCUUCUGGGCAGGUCUCCGAGGAGCUGUCGGCGUAGCAUUAGCGGCAGGCCUAGAAGGCAAGCACGCUGCAACGCUACGAGCGACAAUCUUGGUCGUUGUUGUUCUCACCGUGAUCGUCUUCGGAGGAACGAUUGGUCAAAUGCUCCAAAUUCUCGGCAUCCGUACGCAAGUUCCACAGAAUGAAGAAGUAUCAGAUGACGAAUUUGAUGUGGAAGAAGGCGGUCGUCUUGCAGCUCCGUCGAGUCUACCAGCACCAGCAACUGAUCAACGUGGACUGCGCGAAGAUAGGGCUGCCCUCAAUCGUGCGACCAUGCCGCUGCAGCGUAUCGACAGCGCGAGCAGUACAGGCUCCGAUUUGCCACCUGUUGCGGGAUCGCCCCCGUCUGGCAUGCUUACACAAUUCAAAGACGCGAUGAUGCACAGCAUGCCAGACGAUCGUGCGCAGUGGUUUCUUGAAUUUGACGACCGCGUAUUGAAGCCGGUCCUGCUAGACAGG